AUGGACAUUGAGCUUCUGGGGCGGGUAGAUUCCACCAAAUAUCUUAGUCAGAAGAUCUCGAUCCAGGACCCCCAGAAAGUGGAGCUGGACAACAGAAUCAAGAGCAUCUGGAGGAAGUUUAUGGCGCUGAAUGGCGAGUUGACGACCACCAAGUAUCCAAUCAGGACCAGGAUUCGCCGAUUCGAAUCCGCGAUUACACCGUGCGAAUUGUAUGGCUCGUCAUGGUGGACGCUUACAGCAGACCUGGAGCAGGACAGCACCGAGACGGCGGUGGUGGAGGAGUACCUCAGGGCUCGCUGGCACACGGCACUUCCGGACGAGGCGGCGCCCUCCGGGCCCGACGCCGUCGCGCUGAUGCGGCUGGCCACGAUGUCCGGCACCUGCGGGCAGACAGCCGUGCGCGCGUUCCGCUCCCUCGACGCCGAGACCAUGCACAACUUGUCCAG